ACCAGCAGGAUUGGUGGGUAACUGCUGUCAUGGAGUGGGCAGCGCUUGCUGUCACACUAGCACAUACAUCAGCUAACGCAAAGCAUGUUGUAGUGCCAUUUGAGAGGGAAACAGACCGUGGUAUGAUUUUCAAGGAAAACCCUUCAUAAAAAUGGAAGAUCUUGGUAAAACUACCAGAGGUUGUGCAAAAAAAGUUCCUUCAAGAUACAUGGAUGAAGAGGAAGGAUCUUCUAAUCAAGAAGGUCCCAAGGUUACAAAACGAAAAGAACAACAGACUUUGAAUGACGAUACUGACAAACAAUCAAUUGGAUCUGGUUCCUUUUCACUGAAGAGCAACAGUACUGAAUUCAAAUGUGCUCCUGCAGUGGAAUUGACUACAUUGAAACUUCAAAAUGAGGUUCAAUUUCUGAGGGAAAAAGUAAAGUGGCUGGAGAAAAAAGUCUCAGAUUUGGAAACGGAACGAGAUUUCUUGAGGAAUCAGCUUCAAGUCAGUAAGAAGUCACAUGUAUCUGAACCAAAGAAUACUAGCAGCAUUCUUGUGAAUGACAGUUCCACUGAACAAAUGUCAGAUGAUUCCAGUUCAUCUUCAUCUGCAAGUACCAGCUCAUGUGAAUACAAAAAGACAAAGAAAAAAUCCAAGUCAAACAAGAAAAAGGAAAAAAAGGGCAAGAAGAGUAGACGAUCACAGUUCUGCAGUCGGGCCAAAGACCCAGAGGAAGUAAUUGAAAGGUACAACAAGGUGUUAAAAACCUUCACAAAGGUAAAAACAAUGUCUCAAGCAUUCUCUCGCCACAAUGUCGACCGAGGCACCAUUGCAGCCACAGCCGCAAUUGUGGAGCUUGCAUUGGCAGCUCCAUCAAAAUAUGAAACCAUGCAAUUCAACUCUUCUGACGAAACCCUUUUGGCAUUUGCAAAAAGAUGCUCAAGUGCCAUUGACGAGGAGACAAAACUAAAAAUUACCAAAAUGAAAACUAAACAUCUUUUGCUCCCCCUGCAGUAUAAAAAAUAAAAAAAUUGUGUACCUCAUUAUUAUUAUUAUAUUUCUACUUAUUUGGUAUUCUUUGGGAAUAUGGUUGGCUUGUCAAUUUACUGCUAGGUCCAUUUCUUGGCAUGCGUUAGGCACGACUAUCGACAGUGUAAGGUUUAUUUAGUAGGUUGGUGCUGUAUCUGUUAAGGAUUCUGUAUUAAGGGAAAUGAAUAUGACAAUUAUCUCAAUAUGUUCUGUGUACUUUCUUCUAAUUCAUAUCUCUAUCGCUUUAAAGAAAGUAUUGACUACAUAUUUGAAAGCCAGCGCUCUUUAUAGUUUAUGUGGUAUUAAUAUAUAUAUAUAAUAUAUUAUUCAAACUUUUGAAAAACAUUAAUUACAUGCCAGUAUAACUUUUUUCUACUUUUUUUCAACGGCUUUUUUUUAAUUUAUUUAUUUUUCUUUGUUUACUUUUGCUUGACUAUGGCAGGUACCAUUUUAAACACCUCCUAGUUUUUUGCAUAUGGCAGAUUGCUCAAGUGCUAAAUCAAUUUGUUGUUUAAUCUAUUGUUAUUCAGAUGUGAGGGAUUUGAGACAUUUUUGUAUAUAUUUAAUUUUAUAAAUAUUUCCUAAAGACCCAGGGGAAGUAAUUGAACAAGGUGUUUAACAUCUUUUGCUCCCACUGCAGUAUAAAAAUUAUUAUUUUUUUGAGUGCCCCAUAUAAAAAAAAAAUGUGCUUGUGUUAUUUGGAUAUAUGCCAGGCAGUUGAGGCAUUUAGGGCAGUGGUUCUCAAUCCUGGUGCCUGUGUCUGCUAGUUUUUGUUUCAGCUAAGCUCUCAAUUACAUAUUCAAAUCUUUAAUUGAACUAAUAGUUGGCUUUAGACCUUUCAAUUGUUUUCAUCUCUUAAAACAGAUGGAGAUAGUUCCAAUAAGUGUUAAAUUAAGUAACUGACAACUCAGCUGGAAUGAAAAUCAGCAGACACAGGGGCCCUCCAAGACCAGAAUUGAGAACCACUGCCCUAGGGGAUCUUACCACCUUGUCACAACUGGUUGCAUCAGUUGGUGCUGUAUCUGUUUAGGAAUGCAGAAUGUAUCUAACCUUUUUUGGAAAAUAAUUCAAAUUUAAGAUUGUAUGUUUUACUGGGAAAAUAAUUAUAUAACAAUGUGUUACAAGUUUGAACAGUUCUUUCAAAAAACCCCAAUAAAUUCCUGAUGAAAAGGAUUUUGUCUGUUUCUUUUUUACUUCAACCUUUUAUUUUUUUGUCAGGUUCAUUAAUGUGAGUAAGAGCUUCAUGGGGUGCCUGGAGUCUUCACUUCAGUAUACAGAACCGCUUGCCGAUUUGGUUAAAUCAGCCUGUGACAAACCAGAGUGCGCUUGCCACAUGCAGGACCAUCUUCACUUGUCUUUUUGUGUAAAAAAG